GGUGCAGUAUCAGUGUAUCACUAUGACGCUCCCCCCAAACAACAACAAAAACCCUUUUUUUUCUUGCUAACCCGACCCGGUUACAAGGUGCUGGACCCGAAAUAUUUUGAAACAUGUUGGUCCGGCUCGGACCCGAUCCGGUGAACAUACACUUCUCAAAAUUAGGACAUGUAUUCACGCACACACAAUGAAGAUUGAAGGCAACUAGUAAGGCUGAGGCAAAACCACCCUGAAGCCUGAACCCCGUCUUCUCUUCUCAGCACACAGCCGGUGACGGCACCACCCUUUCCCUCUCAGCCCUCUCUCUGUCUCUCACCAGCAUCAGAGUCACCUUGGCCCGCAGAGAAGCUCCUCUGUUCGACUGUUUCUCGGCGACAACUGACGACUAUCCUCAGCGAAGUGCGAUGGCGUUUCUCUACUGCCCCCGGUCGUCUUUUACUUCUCUGCCACCAUCAGUUAGCCACUAGAAGUCACCACCUCUGUUCUAGCGGUGAGUUGAUGACUGUGAUACUGAUCAAUUCGGAGUGGUUGAUCAUUGAUGAUUGAUAAUACCAUAAUACUACCUCGGAGGACAAUCAUGGCAGCCCUUCAACUGAGUCACUUUAACGAUGUCACUGUUGUCUUGCUGCUACUUCUGUGCACCAUCAUCACACCCUUCUCUUCCAUUUCAGCUCAACAGCAUGUGAAAGACCCUUCAAUCACAUCAACCAUGGAGAAAUUCUCCGGUUAUGCAAUCCAUGAGCCUCACUCUUCCCUCUCUUCACUCUUAGUUGAUGCUCAGGGUCUCCAGAACCAGAUUGAUGAGCUCUCAGCAUUUUCUGAUUCACCUGCUCCAUCAGUAACAAGGGUCUUGUAUACUGACAAGGAUGUCUUGGCCCGCAGGUAUGUAAAGAACUUGAUGGGACUUGCUGGUCUAUCUGUCAGAGAGGACACUGUCGGUAACAUUUUUGGUCGAUGGGAUGGUAAUGAACCAGAGCUUGCUGCAGUUGCAACAGGUUCACACAUUGAUGCUAUACCUUACUCUGGAAAAUAUGAUGGAGUUGUUGGUGUUUUAGGCGCUAUUGAAGCCAUCAAUGUGCUUAAAAGGUCUGGCUUUAAACCUAAGAGACCACUGGAAAUCAUAUUGUUCACAUCGGAAGAACCAACGCGCUUUGGAAUAGGUUGCUUGGGAAGCCGCUUGUUAUCUGGAAGUGAGAGUCUUGCCAAUGCUCUAAGUAAAGCAACUGAUAGUCAAAACAUAUCCUUCUUAGAUGCUGCUAGAUCAGCUGGUUAUGCGAAAGAUGUUGAUGACUUAUCCAGUGUAUUUCUAAAGAAAGGGACAUAUUCUGCUUUUGUAGAAUUACACAUAGAACAAGGGCCUAUUCUAGAAGCGGAAGGUAUCUCUAUAGGCAUAGUUACUGCAAUUGCAGCUCCAGCGAGUCUUAAGGUUGACUUUGAAGGCAAUGGCGGCCAUGCCGGUGCUGUCCUUAUGCCUAACAGAAAUGAUGCUGGAUUGGCUGCUGCUGAAUUAGCCCUGGCUGUUGAGAAACAUGUGUUGGAAUCUGGGUCUAUUGAUACAGUUGGCACUGUUGGUAUCUUGGAACUGCACCCUGGAGCCAUCAACAGCAUCCCUAGCAAAGCACACAUCGAAAUUGACACGAGAGACAUUGAUGAGGAACGAAGAAACAAUGUGGUUGAGAAAAUUCACCAAUCAGCAAUUAGAAUAACCGAAACUCGUGGUGUCAAGCUUUCUGAGUUUAGUAUCAUCAAUCAGGAUCCACCAGCCCUUUCUUCUGAGGCAGUCAUCAAGGCCAUGGAAACUGCGACAAGAGAGCUAAACUUGACGAGCAAGUUGAUGAUUAGUAGAGCCUACCACGAUUCAUUGUUUAUGGCUAGGGUAUCCCCAAUGGGCAUGAUUUUCAUUCCAUGUUACAAAGGAUACAGCCAUAAGCCUGAAGAGUUUGCAAGCAUUCAAGAUAUGUCAAAUGGAGUAAAAGUAUUAGCACUCACACUUGCUAAAUUGUCCCUUGAGUAAUAUCUUCUGUAGUGAUAUUUGGUAUGUACUCACCAUUGUAGAGCAAGGAUAUGUAAUUUAAUAAUACUGAUUAAAUAAUGUUAAAUUUAGAUGUACCCCAUUACAGUGGUUGAACUUAAUCCAUCUAAUAUGACCAGUGAGCAUUAAAGAAA